ACCACUCAGCACUCACCAGUCUAUGUAAAACCUCCGAGAAAACCCCUCAAGUCCAAAAACCUAACGGCCGCCAUAGCCUGCCUGCAACCAAAGACCGUGCUUUUGUUUGUUAUCUUCUGCUAAAAAGGCGGAAGGUAAAGAGCACGAGGUCAUUUGCAAAGUAGUUUCUCUCAGAAUCUUCCUUGAUCUGACUCUGCUCGUCGUUCCUCAACCAUGGAAAAAGCCUCGUUUUUGUUUUCUGGUAUUCACUUUGAUCGGAAGAAAUUCGCCAAAGAUUUCACCAGAUUCCAGGAGAAGAAAGAAGAUAAAUCGAUAGAGGACUCACACUUGCUUGAAACUGAAAUAUCUGAACCGGGGGAGGGGAAGACUUCUCUCAAGAAGCGGAAGCGGAAGUCACUGGCUUCAGAAACGGUAGAGGGAUUCACCGUCUUUAAGAGUUCGAAAUCAGCAGCAGCAGCUGCACCUGUGGUCCUGAACGAGGAGAAUGAUCAAGCCGAAAAUAGGCUCUCCAAAGAAAAGAAGGAACUAUAUAGGCAACAAGAGCGGGAUGCUCUUUCACGGAAGAAGUACAACAUUCAUGUUUCCCGGAAUAAUGUAGCAACCCCACUUCAAAGUUUUGCAGAGUUAAGCUCUAGAUAUGGGUGUGAGCCUUAUUUGUUACGCAAUUUGGCCAAACUCGGAUUUAAAGAGCCUACACCAAUCCAAAGGCAGGCUAUUCCAGUCCUUUUAUCCGGUCAGGAAUGCUUUGCGUGUGCUCCAACUGGAUCCGGUAAAACUAUGGCUUUUGUGUGUCCCAUGCUAAUGAAACUUAAGGAUGCCUCAACUGAUGGCAUCCGAGCUGUUAUCCUCUGUCCCACACGAGAGCUGGCUGCUCAGACCACCAGAGAAAGUAAGAAACUGGCAAAAGGGAAAAAGUUCCGUAUCAAAGUGAUGUCGAGACAGCUAUUAAGAAAUACUGAUUUGUCAAAGCUGCCUUGCGAUAUACUGAUAUCAACACCACUAAGGUUAAGGUUGGCUAUUCGCAAGAAGAAGCUUGACUUAAGAAGGGUUCAGUAUCUUGUCCUGGAUGAAUCUGAUAAGUUAUUUGAGCAUGGUUUAUUAAAGCAGAUUGAUUCUGUGGUCAAAGCUUGCUCAAAUCCUUCAAUAAUACGCUCCAUGUUUAGUGCUACCUUACCUGACUUUGUUGAGGAGCUUGCACGCACAAUAAUGCAUGAUGCUGUUAGAGUUAUUGUUGGCCGAAAGAACACUGCUUCCGAAUCUGUGAAGCAAAAAUUGGUUUUUGCAGGGAGUGAAGAAGGAAAGCUUAUUGCACUUCGUCAAAGCUUUGCAGAGAGUUUGAAUCCACCUGUAUUAAUGUUUGUACAAAGCAAGGAGCGUGCGAAGGAAUUGUACGAGGAACUUGCAUAUGAUAACAUAAGAGUGGAUGUCAUCCAUUCUGAUUUGUCCCAAUCACAGCGAGAAAAUGCUGUCGAUGAUUUCAGAGCUGGCAAGACAUGGGUUUUGAUUGCCACUGACGUUAUUGCCCGGGGUAUGGAUUUCAAAGGUGUCAACUGUGUGAUUAAUUAUGAUUUUCCAGACUCUGCCUCUGCGUAUAUCCACAGGAUUGGUCGGUCAGGCAGAGCAGGGAGGACAGGGGAAGCUAUUACUUUUUACACCAAGAAAGAUGUUCCAUUCCUGCGGAACAUAGCAAAUAUAAUGACAGCUUCGGGUUGUGAAGUUCCAUCUUGGGUCAUGUCAUUGCGCAAGAUGAAAUGGAAGAAGCACCGUCCACAAAGAGACUCAAUAUCAACCAAACCAAAAGAUUAGGAAGAAUCUAGUAUUGUUCAGAGCUAAUCUCUUACAUGGAAAUACUCUUCAGGUGAUCCUCUCUCAGAUAACCGUUUCAGAACACAUUUGAAGAUAAUAUCAUGGGAAACAACCAAUUUUUUAUUG